AUGGCUUCAAAUGACAGAUUACUGCCUCCUGAGCAAUUCCACAUCAAGCGUCGACGAGAAGAGGAGCCUGUUGACACGCUUUAUAUCCAAUCUGAGCUGCACCAGAAAAAGCGGCGUUUUACAGACUUUGUCUUCCAAAGAGUCAAAGUCCCAGGUGAUUCUACUACUGCCGACAGUGCUGGAGAUGCGCCUUCACCACCAUCAUCAGCUGUUGCGACUGCAGCUGUGCAGGACCGACUGCGAAGUCCUAGGUCUGUGAGCACGUCUGACUUUCCGAGCAGCAGUCGGAUCAGGCCUGCGGGAACCCCAGCAGGGAUAAGCGGUAUCCCUACUGUUCGAGCAACUUCGCCCGGUGCAGAGUUUCGCGCAGAACGUGCUCAGGCCGAGUCACGACGUCAAGAAGCUGACGCCAAACGCAAGCGGCUCCAGGAGCCCAUUAGCAAAUUCCUAGGGGUCUCGGAUGGACUUUCAGAUCGUGAGAAUGAGAAGUCCGCAACUGCGUCUAAGACUGGGACCCCUGCAUCGCCGUCUUCUACGCCGCCUCUCAGCGCGAGUCCUGCGCCAUUUCCGACGUCGCUUCGUCGAUUCCACAUCUCGCGUCCCAGCACUCCGCUGAGCGUUGCUACUGGAAGCGGAGUGUCCAAAGGCAACACGCCAAGUCGGGCUCGAGCUAUUCUCGUCGAGAAGCUUACUCGUGCUCCUUCUCUCAGAGGUGUAUCGGUUCUCGAGACACUCGAGAAGACAGCGGGAAGCAGUGUUGAGAUAGAUACAGUUGUUCAGUCUCAGCUAGCCAAGACACAAACCGAGGAUGAAGUGCCCAUAAGGCGAAAACGACCGAUCGUGAACAAGGCAGAGAAGCAAUGGAGGGAACAGCAAAAGUCGACCAUUUCCGCGGCUAAGGAGCAUUUGACGACCAAAUAUGAGCCUCAAUCAGACGAUUUAGACAAAUUGGCGAAAGAGCUUGAAGAGGUUAUGCUUGAUAUAGAGGCGGAGGAGAACCGGAUGGACGUUUACCAUAAGCCACCAUCUGCUCCGGCUCCUGCUAUUGUGCCGCAGCGACAAAAAGGCCCGUUGAAAUACAUGCCCCGUAAUCCGGGGGCUCGAAGGACAGUUCCUACCGAGGCGUCGCGCAUGGCAGAGGAACAGCCAGACAAAACAAUACACGUCGCAGAGGCAGAAAUGGAUAGCGACGGUGACUACGUCUACGAUACUUAUAUCCGCGUUCCGAUCCACACAGUCGCAUCAUCGGUAUCGGGAGCUACGCCAAAGUCGGACAUCGCAAGCUACAAAGAUCCAUUAUCCGAGGCCAAUACACCAGGCGGUAUCAGCAUUGACCCGACACGGACGGACAUCGGUGUUGUGGUCAUCACUUCAGAUGACGAAGAUAUCUGGGAUCAGUAUCUAGAAGAGGACCAGGACUCUGAGGUAGAUUGGGAUGGCGACGAUGUUGAUUCUAACGCUGAGGACAAUCCUGCAAAUGACUACCCAGACGACGAACUUUCGUCCGCAGACGAAUACGACGAUAAUCCGAGUAUAUACCGUCGGUACCGGGCUGCGAACUCUGACGAUGAAGAGUUUGAUGUCAAUGAGUUUGAUGAAGAGGCCGAUGAUGCUGAUUACAGAAAGUACAUGUAUGAGUACGUUGGGGAUGAUGAUGAAGAGUGA